AUGUAUUUUGUGGUCUUCUGUGAUGAUCCUCCACGGAAAGGAAGCUUCCUGGAUAAGGGGAGAGCUGCCCUUACCUUCUGGUCCGCACAUCAUCUUCAUGUGGUCCUGUCGCAGGAAGCUCGGAAAAAUGGGCAGUGUGACAAGGUGUGCGCUGAAAGUUUGGCCUUUUCCUCCCUCAUUGAGGGCCUCAGGGCUCAGUAUUACUACAGCUGUGGGAGAGAGUCUGUCAUUUGGGAAAUCCCUCCACGUUCGCAAAGCACCCGGCCUUCUAAAAGGAUCCAGAAGCUGGCAAAACCCAACAAAUUCAAACUACGGUCUCUGCCAACUUGUGACCACCCAGUACCAGGGACUUUUCGUUUCGCUGAUCCAUCUCCCCGGAUUCUGCAGCUUUCCAAAGCCAAAGGCACCGAUCCCAACUAUAUCCCUCCAAAGAGCAUUGAAACCAAGAUUUCCUUUUCUACCCUGACUGCUAUUGCAAGUCCAAGGAUUGUGGACCUUGCUCAUCCAAGGAUCAAGAUAGAGGGUCUGUGCUAUGAGAGAGAGAAGAGUGAAUUGCCCAUCCGUCCCAUAGCCCCUGCUGCCCUGCUUGCCAGACCCAGUGACCGAACAACAAUCCUAGCAAAGUCCAAACCUGUUCAUGAAGACUACCUCCCUGCCCGAGAUCCCCGAUGGCCUGUAUCUCAUGCCGCUGCUCACUCUCAGGUGUCUGACAGAGUCCGGGAACUAGCUCAUCCGCCAGCAAGGGCUUCGGUGCAUAUUGUAUAUUACGAUCCAGAUGUCUUUAGAGUGAAGCCUGCUGCUUUGAAAGCGCAGUGUUCUCCCAGGGUCAAGGAGCUGGCGGAACCCAUUCUGCGUUAAGGACGAGAGCAAGCCACCGCAGGCGCUCAGCAUCCGGGAACACGCAGCAGAUGACUUCCUCCCCUGCGCUGC